AUGGAUCUUCUCAAAGAAGAGCUUCUCAAGAAACGGCAAAGUUUAGCUCAGAAUACCGGCGGAAAGCGCGUAUUCAAACGCUCCGAGAUAGAACAAAAGCAAAUCCAAAAGCUUCGCGAGCAAGAAAAACGCGAACUCGAAGCGAAAUGUCACCGCCAAUCCACUGCAUCCCCCUCCAAUGUCAGCGAUACUUCCGCCAAACCUAACCCCUCCGCUUCCAGCACGGCAUCCACAAUUGCAACUUCCACCGCCGGUUCCUCCAAAUCCCUCACCGAUGAACAAAACAUUGACAACCUCGACCUUCCAAGGCAAGAAGUCAUCCGCCGCCUUCGCUUCCUCAAACAACCUAUUACGCUCUUCGGCGAAGAUGACGCAGCUCGUCUCGAAAGGUUAAAAUACGUCUUAAAAGCAGGUCUUUUCGAGGUCGACAGCGAUAUGACUGACGGUCAAACCAAUGACUUCUUGAGAGACAUUGCCGAGCUGCGGAAGCGGCAGAAGACGGGGAUUUUGAGCGAUAGGAAGAGAAAGGAUAGGGAAGAAGGGGAAGGAGGAGGACAGGAUAGGGAAGAAGAAGGGGGAGGAGGAGGAGGAGAGUUGAGUGGUGAUGGUGAUGGUGGGUCCAGCGGAGUCGAUAUGGAUAAGGAUUUGAAAAGAAUGAAGGCGAAUUUCGAUGAGCUGUGUGAUGAAGAUAAGAUUCUGGUGUUUUUCAAGAGGUUGUUGAAUGAGUGGAAACAGGAGCUGGAUGAUAUGGGUGAGGCUGAAAAGAGAACGGCAAAAGGGAAGUCCAUGGUAGCCACGUUUAAGCAGUGCGCUCGUUACUUGAAUCCAUUGUUCAAGUUCUGUAGGAAGAAGGUGCUUCCUGAUGAUAUCCGUCAAGCAUUGUUGGUGGUGGUCGAAUGCUGCAUGAAGAGGGACUACCUGGCUGCCAUGGACCAUUACAUUAAGAUGGCUAUCGGUAAUGCACCCUGGCCAAUUGGUGUCACUAUGGUUGGUAUCCAUGAACGUUCAGCUCGUGAAAAGAUCUAUACCAAUAGUGUUGCCCACAUAAUGAACGAUGAGACUACUCGCAAAUACUUGCAAUCAGUGAAAAGGCUAAUGACCUUUUGCCAACGACGAUAUCCUACCCUUCCAUCUAAAGCAGUUGAGUUCAACAGCUUGGCUAAUGGUAGUGAUUUACAGUCAUUGCUAGCAGAAGAGAGGGAUUCCAGGGUUAGUUCCUCAGAUGACAAGCUUAGGUUAAUGCCCACUCCAACGGACACCUGAUUAUCUUCUUAUUUUUCCUGAGGUUUUAAAUUGCUAUAUUAUUCCCGAGAAGUUGAUUAUGUUGGAGGAAAUAUGCCCAGAAAAGCAAAGAGAAGAUCUGCAAGCUGACGCUUAUCUCGUCAUUAAAAAAUGAGGUAUAAGUUUUGAUACAUACACUAUUGGUGUGUUUGGUAAGAUGGAUAGCAUUGGAUUGGAUUGGAUUAGGUCAUCUUAUGGUUGGUGUCUGGGCAAAGCUUAAAGCUUGGAUGAUUUUUGUUUUCAUACUGUUCCUUAUGGACAAAAUUAAGAGUAAGAGUGAGAAAAAUGAUUGUUUAAUUGAUUUUUUAUAAAAUAAAAUAAAAACUAUUUUAGAAAAUUCAUUUAAUUUUUAGAAAAUAUUUUUAAGUGAAGAAUAAAUUAUUCUGUUCUUUUCUUUGUCUCAUUUUCUUGUCUUUUUAGCAGCAAAAGAAUUAAGGGAAGAAAAAAUUAAUUUGAAAAGAGAAAGAAUCUAAUAAAAUUUAAUAAUUUAUGAUUAAAUUUAAAUAUUUUAAAAAAUAUUGUUUUUAUUUUUUAAUAAAAUCGAUUUUUCAAAUAAGUUUGCUGUCGAAGCAAUUCUUUUCUUUAUUCAAAAGAAAAAUAAAAGAAGGAAAAGAAAGGCUUUAACAGUAAAAUAGCGUUUGAAGUAUACUCUGAUUACCAGAUUAACCUUUAAUGUUUUUCUUUAUGGUUUUUUGUCAUAAGUAGUUCCUAAUGUUGUAUUCCGUCCCAUAUUUUUGACCUUGAACUAUAAUUUUAUUAAACAACACAUGGUACACGGAAAAAAAUUUUAAUUAAAUUCUUUUUCUUUUCAUUUUCUUCCUUCUCUCUCUCCCCCAAUUGUAUAUGCUGCUGGAAAAUAAUUCAAAAUAUCAUUUCCUAGUUGUUUUGGUUUAAAUAAGUUUUUUGGCAUGUGAAUUGGAGUCAAAAUAGUUUGUUUGUUUGUUCCUUUAUUUAUGUUAGAUUCAAAUCUUUGUGGGUUAGUGGUCUGUGUAGUUGGAGAUGUGGCUGAAAUUGUUUAGACUGUAAGGCAAUAUCUUUCCACUGUUUAAUAUAUCCUCCUUUGACUGUUUUUUUACUUCUUUUGGCACUGUAUUUUCAGUAUUAAAAGAUCUUUUUUAGCACUUUGGUAUCAGAGCAUAUUCAAUAUUUGAAGUUUUAAGGGGAAACAUUUUAUUUGCUUUCAUACAAAUAUUGGCUGAAACCUGACCUGUUUUUUUCACUUAGUAACACACUUUCCAUCAUCAAACAAGAUAGAGAUCCACUAUCCAACAGUUGUCUGACACUAAGCAAGUUAUGUGCCAAACUACAGCAAAUAAAACAUUUUGAAUGAGUUUUAUUUUGCCUUGACUAGUUUGGACAGCAACUGUGCCUUCACCUUCCUCUUGUAUCUGCUUGUUAUCACCAAGGAAAAAUUUUCUUCUUUGUCAUCUUGUCCAAUUCCUUAAAAACGGACUUGUCUCCAGUCAUAUGAUGAGAACAACCACUAUCCACGAACCAAACACCAGCUUCUUUUUCGGCAACUACAGAACAACGUACUUUCCUCUUCUUCUUUCUCUGCAUAACUAGCUUAAUUAUUCUUAGACCAACAAUUUGCUUCAAUGUGUCUAAAUCUGCGACAAUGAUAGCAUUGUACCCCGCCACGACUAUUCGUCCGUUUGUAUUGGCUUCUACCUCUACCAUGUCCCCUACCUCUAAAAGUAACUCUUUCAUAUCCCGGAGUACCCUGCUCAAGUUUUUCAUUUGAAGGAAGAAUCGAACUGUAGUAGAGAUGGCCCAAAGCAUGUUGAAAAGCCAAGACCUUCAGAUCAAUUUCGGGCAAAGGCUGUUCGUACCGCAGUUUACUUGCUGAAUAUUUCUUCUACUAGAGCAAUCUUGAACCGAACACCUUUUGAAGUUUGGAUAGGUAGCAUUGCAUUUACUCUAGUGAAUUGCCAAUAGUUUCAUAAGCUUGAUAAAGGGUCUGAAAAGUGUAUCUUUGUUGGAUAUUGUUCACAAUCCAAAGCUUUUAGACCGUGUAAUCCCAUAAAUGGGAAAAUCAUUAUCAGAAGAGAUGUGGAAUUUGGUAAAGAAUCAUGCUGGAAAUGGGAAAGCAGACAGGAAGUCUUAGAAGAAGAUCCAUCGUCCAUUCUUAAAACAUCUCAUUUCAAUGUUAAUGGUACCAGACUCAGAAGAUUCAAAUGACACUCCACAUAGGUUCAGAUCACUUGCCGAAAUUUAUGAAAUAUGUACUUUUGCUCUAUUUGGUUAGAUCCUACUUACUUUGAGGAAGCUGCGGCAAAAAAGAGAGUGGAGAAAUGCUAUGGAAGAAGAGCUUGCAUCCGUGGGCAAAAAUAGUAAAAUGUUAUUUCCUUGGAAUUAGAGUGAAACAAGGGAAAGAUGGAAUUUUGAUCUGCAAAGGAAAUAUGUUGUUGAUCUUUGGAAAAUGUUUAACAUGUUUAGUUGCAAGGUUGUUGGUACUCCAAUGAAUGUGAAUUCUUGAAGAUGGUACUGACAAGGCUGAUGGUAGAUAUUUUCGAAGCUUAGUUGGAGGGUUGAUCUACUUGACUCAGACACGUCCAAAUAUAGUUUUCUCAGUUGGAGUCAUUUCAAGAUUCAUGCACAGCCCCCACGAGCAUCAGCUUGGAGCAGCUAAGAGAAUCUUGCGUUAUAUUGCUGGAACUAGAACUUUUGGGCUGUGGUACUCACAUAAUCCUAAUUUCAUUUUAUGUGGUUUUACUGAUAGUGAUUGGGCAGGAGCCUUGGAUUAUAGAAAAAGCCUCUGAAAACUUCUUUAUUCUUGGAUCAGCAGCUAUUUCUUGGAGCUAUAAAAAACAACCAACUGUUGCAAUGUCAUCAUCUAAAGCCGAGUAUGUUGCAGCAGCAUCCUCAGCAUGUCAAACAUUGUGGUUGAGAAAAUUGCUUGCUGACCUUCACCAAGAACAAAAAGGAGCAAUGGCAAUUUUUCGUGACAAUUUAUCAGCAACAGCAAUGACAAAAAAUCCAGUUUCCCAUGGAAGGUCAAAGCACAUAGAGAUUCGGUAUUAUCUUAACCAAGAGCUGGUUGCAAAAGGAUUGAUCAAGUUGAAGCACUGCAACACUGAAGAACAAGCAGUAUAUAUACUUACCAAAGCACUUCUUAAAGCAAAAACACUACUACUUCAUGCUUGGUCUUGGUGUUUGUGAUUUUGAAUUAAGGGGGUGCCGGAAAAUAAUUCAAAAUAUUAUUUGUAGUUGUUUUGGUUUAAAUAAGUCUUUUGACAUGUGAGUUGAAAGAGUCGAAAUAGUUUGUUUGUUUGUUCCUUUAUUUAUGUUAGAUUCAAAUCUUUGUGGGUUAGUGGUUAGUCAUGGCUAGUCUAGCGGGAGAUGUGGCUGAAAUUGUUUGGACUGGAAGGCAACAUCUUUUCACUGUUUAAUAUGUCCUCCUUUGACAGUGUUCUCUGCUCUAUAUUUUCGGUAUUAAAAGAUCUUUUUCAGCAUAUGCUUCCUGCUUUGAUGGAUCGUCAGUAGUGCUUAGGCUUGAUUUAAUGUAUAAGAAAAAUUUGCGGAUUGUAUAGCCUACGCAGAGGGCUGCUUGUCUAACUUGUUGGCUUGUAUUUGCCUGUAAUUUGUAACUACUGAAUGAUAAAUGCUUUUCGUGAUAAA